AUGGCUGACACGUCUGCUGUUAACGAAAAGAAGCGCAAAUUCACUAAAGAUGCUGUACACACUAACUCUGUCGUGACGUCUGCUGAACUUCUGAAAUGUUCUUUUGAUCACCAUAGCAAAUAUACAAAACAGAAACUGGAUGUUAGUGGAGAUGACGAACAAUCAGAGGGAAAAGAAGAUCAAUCUCCUUUUUCGCAAAAACAAAAUGACAUAACACCUAAGAGGAAACCAGAAGAUGUCGAGGAAGAAGAUGACAUUUACUACAAUUUUGAAGUGACCACACAGGACAGCACCCUCAUCGCGGAGGAAACAGAUGUUCGGCUAAGAAUGGAAGGGUGGCGUAAAAAAUCUAAAUACGUUUCAGCAAUCCACAAGCAAGAUCUGUUGCGCUAUAACAUAAUCGAUACUAUUGGUUCAUCGGCGACGAACGCGCGGAGGCUUUUUGAGAAUAUUUGGGAGACUAUGGUUAUUGCUAUGGAAGAGGUGCCUUCGAUUUCAAUAACAAAAGAUGAUAAAAUAAAAAAUUAUACCAAAGAAUUGUUUAUGGGUGUGAAUUCACUCGAAAAAUUACGAGAAACAAUUAAGUCAAAUCAUUUCACAUUGAGGACAAGUGGUAAUACCGGAUGGAAGAGACAAAUUAUAAAAAUAUCAAAGAUUUAUCGUAAUCAAUUUGAGAAUGGGAAAAAUUCCUUCAAAGCAUUGAAAUGUUCGGCAAUCCUUUUAAACAUAUCUCAACGAGAUAAUGAUCGCCGUAGUCCUGGAAGCAAGAUCGAUACUAUAAUUAAGUUGAUGGAAUUGAAUCUUGAAUUUUCUAUUGUGGAGGUCUCUGGGUCUCCAUCAGAUCCGGAUCAUUCUCAUUAUGUCGGAGACCGCAAUAAGAUAGCGAAAAAUCUAAAAAUUAUUUUAAAUUAUAUUAGAACGGAAUAUUCUGAGGAUUUCCAACAAUUUCGCAAGAUUAAAGUGUACGGAGUACAAAGUUAUAGUAAGUAUUAUGAGCUGGACAGCUUAUCCUUACCUUUCUCCGGAGUUUAUUAUUUCAAGCAAGAAUUUAUGUUCGAAUGUCCAACAAUUACCUUACUUGUUUCUAAAGCAUUACCGAAAUUCUUAGACAACUUAUGGAAAAUACGAGAUAUUAUUUCUUCAAGUGUUGAAAGCAUCACUUCAUAUAUUGAAAAUAUGAGAGAAUCAGACGAUGAUGGUAGUAAUGAUACCGAUCCGUUUGGCAUAUUACGUAAUAAAGCUUUUACCAAUGCAAGACAAUUAGAAUUCCUUAUUCCAGAUUAUAUUUUAUCGCGUUUAUUAUUUACCACAUCGGGCUUGUAUCUUUUUCGUGUUAAUUCAUAUCGGAAAAAUAUUGCUGUUUAUAUUCGGGAUGUACUCGAUACAAGUUAA